AUGGCAGGGUUUUUUGAGUUGUUUGAGAAAUAUGGUGGCAAUAAGUCUGGAAAACUCAAGCUGAAGAAACCAAAACAGCUCCAGGAAGUGCUGGAUAUUGCUCGUCAGCUGUUGGCAGAACUGAUCCUACAUAAUGAUUGUGAGAUUGAAGAGAAGAAAUCCAAACUAGAACAACUGAAGACGGUUCUGGAGAUGGAAUCCAGCCUGAAUGAUAAUCAGUAUGGCCAUUUCUCAGGGAUCAACAGGAAGGUGCAGCUGACCUACCUGCCAAAUGGGCAGCCCAAAGCAUCCAGUGAGGAGGAAG